GUCUGGAGUACAUAUGUCGGUUCUUGUCCACCAGCUUAUAUAGGAAACAUUUAUUCAAGAACCUCACCAUAAAGGAUUCACCAAAUAAAAUAUUUUCAACUUAGUAAAACAAGAAGGGUGGCUACAUAUAUGUAUUCUAGAUUCUGGCUUCUCUUUGAGGUGGCUUAAUUAAUGGCUCGGCGGCGGAGGGAAGUUAAAACCAGCGGAGAUGAUUAUCGCCGGCGGCCGCUAAAUUCUCUAGCAGAUAAACCCAAGUUGCAAUUUUUCAAGAUAAUCCUUCCGUGUACCUUAACUGACAAGAAGCUGAUGAUUCCACCUAAGUUUGCGCGUAGAUUUGGGGAUGAACUUUCUGAUGUUGCUAACUUCAUUCUUGCUGAUGGUAGCAAUUGGAAAGUGGCAAUGCAAAAAGACCAAAAUGACAUUUGGUUUGAUGAUGGUUGGCAUGACUUUGUAGAACACCAUUCAAUUGACAUUGGCUACUUUGUAAUAUUUGCAUACAGAGGUUUCUCCAAUUUUAGUGUCGUCAUAUUUGAUAGGACUGCUUGCGAAAUUGAACAUACGGAGAAUGCGCGAAGCCCUCUCGAUGGUAAAGAAAAAGAUGUAUUGAACGAAAAGGAUGAGAUUGAGCCCGAAAAGACUUCACUAGAAAAUGGAAAAGCGAUGCAGGCAUGGAAAAACUUCAAGACAGAAAUGCCUUGUUUCAAAAUCCUGAUUCAACAAUACCAAUUCGACCACAGUAUCGCAGAGGAAAAUUUGAGGAGAAAAUCUGCUCACCCUCAAAAGACUUGGCGUUAGAAGCCAUAAUAUGCGCUACAUCGUUACAAGUACGGGGAACAAACUUAAAAGAAAUUGAAACAAACAAAGGGAUAAAGGAGUAGAUAUCCUUGACGACACGAGACACAAUAGAUUUAUGAUUUCUUGAGUCAUGAAUAGUGUUAAUCACAAGGAGGGAAUCCGAUUCGAACACCGCAUGCUUGAUGCCAAUAUUAACUGCAAUAACAACCCACAUCUUGAUAGCAAGAGCUUCUGCUAAAUCAGGUUUCCACCAGGCUUUAACUCCACACCCCGCUGCUAAUCGAAUAUCUCCUGUUGAAUCACGCCCAACAACUCCCAAGCCCGCAACUCCAUUUUCAUCACACACUGCAGCAUCAGAGUUGAACUUAAAGAAAGGAGCUUUCGGCGGGGUCGAAAGGUGAGGCUUACUGAUCUGCGCGCGAAUAGAACGAGAUCGAGCAGCAUCAAAGUCAAAAAGAAGUUGUGCCGAAUGAAAGGACACGUCUAUUCCACAAACACCACUCGGCUAAACAAGCUGGAGCAUGAGUGGUGAGAACUAUUGUAAUUGAGGAUUCCUGCCAAACAGCUUGUGCAAAAAAAUGAAUGAACAAUUUGUGUUCAACUUGAAUAUGUAUAUUAAGGUCGUUAGAGUUAUUAGGAUUA